AUGGGGCUUUCCCAGUUGAGUUCAGUUCAACCAUCCUCACGCACCUCAUCUUUUUGUAUGCGUGCCUUUGUUCAUUUCUGGUGGUUUGGCUUGUUAGUCACCUCUGUGGUUUGCGGGAAUAAUGAGACGGAUAGGUUGGCAUUGCUUGAGUUCAAAGCCGAGAUCACUCAUGACCCUUUUGAGGUUUUGAGUUCUUGGAAUGACAGCAUCCACUUCUGUCAAUGGCGAGGGGUCACCUGUGGUCGUCGACAUCAGAGGGUCACAGCAUUGGACCUGCAAUCUUUGAAAUUGGUAGGCUCCAUAUCACCACAUAUUGGAAAUUUAAGUUUUUUGAGAAAUAUAAGCCUCCAAAAUAACAGCUUUUAUAAUGAAAUCCCUUCAGAAAUUGGCCGCUUGUUUAGAUUGCAAAGCUUAUCAUUGUUUAACAACACAAUGAAUGGCAAAAUUCCUAGCAAUAUAUCUGGUUGCUCCAACCUUGUUGUGCUUAGUGUCGGUUCUAACCAGCUGGUAGGAGAAAUUCCUAUGACACUUGCCUCCAUGACAAAGCUCCAAAUUAUUGCUUUUCACUUUAAUAAUCUAACUGGAAACAUCCCACCAUUUUUUGGAAACUUUUCGUUUCUAGUUUUGUUAUCUGCCUUUGGGAAUAACUUGGAGGGGAACAUCCCUCAUACUUUUGGCCAAUUGUCCAAGCUUUCAAUGUUUUCUUUGGGUCAAAAUAGGUUGUCUGGUACAAUCCCUCCCUCAAUCUUCAAUUUGUCUUCAUUAAGACAACUUAAUGUAGGAUAUAACAAAAUCCAUGGGCAUCUUCCAUUGGACAUAGGUACCACACUACCAAAUAUUGAACUAUUAAGCAUUGCCAAUAACCAAUUUACUGGAUCUAUCCCUGCUUCAAUAUCCAAUGCCUCAAAUCUAGACAAACUUGGAUUGGGUGAUAAUCAACUAAGUGGAAAAGUUCCCUCUUUAGAGAAGCUAAAUAGAAUUUUGUUAAUUUUUAUUCAGUAUAACAAUCUUGGAAAUGGAGAAGAAAAUGACUUGAAUUUUCUCUGUUCUUUGAUAAAUGCUACCUUUUUGACUAAUUUGUAUAUAAAUUACAAUAACUUUGGGGGAGAGUUGCCCAAGUGCAUUGGCAAUCUAUCAACUACUCUUACCAUGUUGGUUCUAGAUAAUAAUAAGAUAUCUGGAAAGAUUCCGAUUGAAAUAGGAAAUUUGAUCAACUUGUUGACACUUGAAAUGUGGCAAAACAAAUUAUCUGGUAAUAUUCCUUUUGAAAUUGGAAUGCUUCAAAAAUUACAAUAUAUGAUAUUAAGUACAAACAAUUUCUUUGGGAACAUUCCGUCCUCUCUUGGAAAUUUAACAGCCUUGACAAAAUUGUAUUUAGACGAGAAUAAUCUUCAAGGCAACAUCCCUCUAAGUAUAAGCAGCUGCCAAAAUUUGUUUACUUUGAAUCUUGCUAAAAACAAUCUCAGUGGUUCAAUAUCCCCACAAGUUUUUGGCCUCUCAUUCUCACCAACUUUUCUAAAUUUGUCUUCCAACCAAUUUACUGGUGUCUUUCCCAUGGAAAUAGGAAAUUUUAAAAAUCUAAAUGGAUUGGAUAUUUCCAAAAAUAUGUUUUUUGGAAACAUUUCAGCAAGUCUGGGAAGCUGCAUAAUGCUAGAAUAUCUAUACAUGGGAAGCAAUUUUUUCCAAGGGCUCAUCCCUUCAUAUUUGGAAUCAUUAAGAGGUCUUCGAUGUCUAGAUCUUUCAAACAAUAAUUUGACUGGCCAAAUUCCAAAAGACGGAGUUUUCAAGAAUACAAGUGCAACUUUCCUUGAGGGAAAUGGUCAACUUUGUGGGGGAAUACCUGAGUUUCAGCUUCCUAAAUGCAAAUACGAAGAAUCCAACAAGAGGAGGUUGACCCUUACCUUGAAGUUAGUAAUCUCUAUAUCUUCUGCUUUUUUUGGAAUAACUUUGGUUCUAUCUGUUCUACUUCUUUAUUCUGGAAGAAAGAAAAGAAAAGAUAACACCUCAAGAGACUCACAAAAUUUGCUUUUGAGUCUAUCUUACCAAAGUCUUCUAAAUGCAACCGAUAAAUUCUCUCCCGCAAAUCUAAUUGGUGUGGGUAGCUUUGGAUCUGUGUAUAAAGGAAUUCUUGAUCAAGGUGGACAAGUAGAUAUGGUUGCUGUGAAGGUGCUCAACCUUUUGCAUCAUGGAGCUUCCAAAAGUUUUAUAGCCGAGUGUGAGGCUCAACGAAACAUUAGACAUCGAAAUCUCGUAAAGUUACUUACAUCAUGUUCUGGUAUUGACUAUCAAGGUCAUGAUUUUAAAGCUUUGGUAUAUGAGUUCAUGGAAAAUGGAAACCUAGACGAAUGGUUGCAUCCAAGGGAUGAGGCUCUUGACAAAAAAAAGAAUUUAAGUCUCCUUCAGAGAUUGAAUAUUGCCAUUGACGUUGCUAAUGCAUUGGAUUAUCUUCAUCAUCAUUGCCAGACACCAAUCAUUCACUGCGACCUCAAGCCUAGCAAUAUUCUUCUUGAUGAUGAAAUGAUGGGACACGUAGGUGACUUUGGCUUGGCAAGAUUGCUUUUUGAUGCUACCCAAGAUUUUUCUGUUGAUCAAUCAAGCUCCAUCGGAAUAAGAGGAACAAUUGGUUAUACUCCUCCAGAGUAUGGUAUGGGAAAUGAGGUGUCAACAUAUGGUGAUGUCUAUAGUUAUGGCAUAUUGUUGCUAGAGAUGUUCACAAGUAAAAGGCCUAUUGAUAACAUCUUCCAAGAUGGGUUAAACCUUCAUGACUUUGUUAAAGCUGCUUUGCCAAGACAAGUAAUUGACAUUACAGAUCCUCUUCUUCUUUCUUGGAAAAGUGAAGAGGGAGAGGCAACAAUGAUCGACAUUACUUGCAAUGAGGGUCAAAAUGGAAGUCCAAUAAUUCAAAAUUGUUUGAUUGUGAUACUUGGAAUUGGUGUUUCUUGUUCCGUCGAACUUCCAAGUGAAAGGAUGAACAUAGGUGCUGUUAUAAUUGGGCUACGUUCAAUUCAACAAAAACUUCUUGAACUAAUGUACAUAGACAAAGGCUUCAAGGCACAGGUGGACAACGAUGAUGACUAUUAUGAAGGUGGUCAUCAUGAUUUUCCAAGUUUAUGAAACAUAGCAUUGGAG